GCUUUUCACUUGACGCUGGCGCCUGCGUCUGGCGCUGUCCGGCUCUCCUCUCUUCCCACACAUAACUCUUCAGUGUGUCCCUCACCACCUGCGGUUCACCGUCUACAACAGCGUUCCCUUUGCAGUGUGAUGGCAGGCUGGGCUGCCUCUGCCUCUAGUUGGACAGAAACACACGACUUUGAACACACACUCAGCCCUGCAGUCAACUGAACCUCCACGAGUCCUCCUGUAAUUCCUCAUCAGAGGGAAAAUGGAAAACGCCAACAACGAGAGGAUUAAAAUGUCCUGGACCAGCUCACCUGAGGCUCCUUCACUUUAAACCCUCUAUUCACCAAGUUAUUCCAUGGCUGGGAUUCAGCAGCUACCUGUGAACUAGCUGACAGAUGUUUGCUGAAAGUGUCUGUCUGAGGGAACAUUGAAAAGUCCAGAAAAAGAAAAAAAAGACGACCUUGGCUGUCAAGAGUGUGUCUGUGGUUAGGUCUGUAAUCAUGGGGAAAGAACAGGAUCUGCUGGUGGCGGUGAAGAGCGGAGAUCUUCUGCUGGCACACAAACUUCUCUCCAAAGUCAAGUGCAACAAAACCAAGUUGCUGGGCUCCACCAAGAGACUCAACAUCAACUACCAAGACUCAGACGGCUUCUCAGCGCUGCACCAUGCUGCUCUGACGGGCACCACCGAGCUGCUGUCUCUGCUGCUGGAGGCCCAGGCCACGGUGGAUAUCAAGGACAUCAACGGCAUGCGUCCCCUCCACUACGCAGCAUGGCAGGGUAAAGCAGACUCUGUCUUAUUGUUGCUGAGAGCCGGAGCUUCAGUCAACUCCCCUUCUCUUGAUGGACAGAUACCGUUACAUCUCUCUGCUCAGUAUGGACACUAUGAGGUGUCGGAGAUGUUGCUGCAGCACCAGUCGAAUGCCUGCCUGAUGAACAAGGCCAAGAAGACUCCUCUAGAUCUGGCCUGCGAGUUUGGAAGGCUGAAGGUGGCUCAGUUGCUGUUGAGCAGCAACAUGGUGGCUGCACUUUUAGAAGGGGAUGGAGGGCACGACAGCCUCGACUCUGCGACCACCACUCCCCUCCACCUGGCAGCCAGGAACGGACACAAAGACAUCAUCAAGUUGCUGCUCAAAGCCGGUAUCGACAUCAACAGAGCCACCAAAGCUGGGACGUCUCUGCACGAGGCCGCCCUCUACGGCAAAACUGAAGUCGUGCGGCUACUGCUAGAUGCGGGCAUCAACGUGAACAUGCGCAACACGUACAACCAGACGGCUCUGGACAUUGUCAACCAGUUCACCACCUCCACAGCCAGCAGGGAAAUCAAACAGCUGCUGAGAGAGGCAUCAAGCUCUCUCCAGGUCAGAGCGGUGAAGGACUACUGGAACCUCCAUGACCCCACCGCUCUUAACCUCCGGGCUGGAGAACUUAUUAUGGUCUUGGAGCAGCACUCAGACGGACGCUGGAAAGGGCACAUCCAUGACACCCAGCGGGGGACGGACCGGGUGGGCUUCUUCCCCCCUUCAGUUGUGGAGGUCCUCAGCAGACGAGCAGGGGGCACUCUCUCCCGCCAAGCCUCAAUGCCUUGCCAACGACAACACUUUGCAUCCAGAGCUCCUCUCUCAAGCCACGGCUCCGCCCCUCAGACUGACGACUCAUACACCCAUGGCUAUGAUCCCACAGGUGCUCCACCUGACAGUCAGCUCUCAGCCCCAGCUAGACCCGCUAGCCCCACUCAGGACAUUUGGGUCCUCAGGAGGUCUCCCACCGGUGACAGAAACAGUGUUGGCAGUGCUGGCAGUGUGGGCAGCAGCCGCAGUGCCGGUAGCGGCCAGAGCUCAGAGAGUGGCCACAAACAGAACGGGACUCAGAAUCGCCACAAUGCUGACAGUGCCAAGCUUGCUCCCUCUGCUGGUGAAUCAGGAGAUCAUCUCCACAUUGCAGCAGCAGACCACAGCAAACAGGCAGAUGGAACUGCAGGUGGUUCCCGUCGGCAGGUCAACGGCACUCCUCAGAAAGGAUUCAUGAGGCCAGAACAUCUUCUGGAGGGCAAGGACUCUGAGGCCAUCUACCAGUGGCUGUGUGAGUUCCAGUUGGAGCAGUACACGUCCAACUUCAUCAGUGCAGGAUAUGAUGUUCCCACCAUCAGCAGGAUGACCCCAGAGGACCUGACGGCCAUCGGAGUGACCAAACCAGGUCACAGAAAGAAGAUCUCAAUGGAAAUUGCCAAGCUGAGCAUCCCUGAGUGGCUGCCUGACUACAUUCCUUCGGACCUCGGGGAGUGGUUGAGUGUGAUUGGAUUGCCUCAGUACCAGAAGAGGUUGUGUGACAAUGGCUAUGACUCCAUCACUAUUGUCAAAGACAUCACCUGGGAGGACCUGCAGGAGAUAGGCAUCACCAAACUGGGCCAUCAGAAGAAGUUAAUGUUAGCAGUGAAGAGACUUUGUGACCUGCAGCGCUCACGUAACCAUGCCGACAGAGCUGGAGGUGGGACUCUCCAACGGAAGCCCCCUGCUGCUCUAGAGCUGGUGGCCAUCGAACACAUUCGCUCUGACACUCCUUCUGACGACUGCUGCCCCUCUCCUCGCACCCCCAAAGCCCUCCUCUCCUUCCAGGACAGCGAGUUGAGCGCCGAGCUGCAGAGUGCUAUGAUGGGCAGGGUGGGCGGAGGAGGUGCCGAGGCGUUCGGCAUCAGGGGCGUGACUUCUGCUGCAGUUAUAUCUGCCAUGUCAGUGAGUCAGGAGAGCAUUAGCAUGCGAUCGCGUGGAUCAGGGAAUUCGGGGAAUUCCGGAAAUUCGAAUUUAGGAUAUUCUCAAGAUCAUCAAGCGGCACCAUCUUCAGCCAGGACAGCCAGCCGGUCAGAGGAGAGUCUGGGGAGUGGUGCAGGGGAGGAGGCCAAGCAUGGAGAAAGCAGUCCUGGAGGCAGAAGUAGGCAGAGACCCACAGAGAUGUGGGACCACCACAGUCGGUCUGCUACCCCCAACAAACUACCCUUCUCCCCCCUGACACCUCCACUAACCCCCAGCAAGAUGCCUCGCUUUGCCUACCCAGCUGUCCCACCCAAAGCCAAACACUUCCAGUCACCCAACCGCCUCUAUCAGCCUCAGCACCACCCGCCCUCCUCCCCUUCCCCUCCAUCUCCGCAGCCUUCCCCCACACAGAAGGCUUUCAGUUACCUCGGUGCCCAGACAGUGGCCAUCAAUGGGGGUCCACGGGUGCUCCCCAAGCCUCUGCCUGGAGCUGUCCCCCUGUUGGGACCCCGUCAAGGACAGGACCGAACUAAUGACACCCAGAAAGGUCCCCACAAGAAGCGUGCCCAAAGCCUGACUCGUUAUGCUCUGUCUGAUGGUGAACCAGAUGAAGACGACGACCUCGCUCCCCCCAGUACCUCUUCUUCUUCUUCUGCUGCCAUGCCCUCCUAUGCCACCCUGUCACGCAGACCAGGACGCGGGCACACGAGCACCGCAGGGACCCAACGGCACAUCAACCGCAGCCACUCGUUUGCCGUGCGAUCCCGACGCAAAGGCCCACCGCCGCCGCCUCCCAAGAGGAUGAGCUCGGUUAGCGGCAGCCCGGUGCACCAAAUGGGAAACGGGAAAGUGGUGGAGGCAGAGGUAAAAGGAGCGGUGGAGAUGGAGAGCACAGGCAGCGUGAGGAGCAUCGCAGCGAGGUUAGAGGGAAGCAGCAGCAGUCCAUCCAAGAGGAUAGAUAUUCCACCAACUCACAUCCCAGUGUCACCUGUGUUCAGCCCCGUUUCCUGCCCGUUUCCACCUGGGAUCUCUCCCCACAGUGGCCUCCAGCACUCCAAACCUGUCCCUGUUCUGGGCGUGGGGGGCCUGAGGAGGACAGGAAGUGAGAGGACAGAUGUUGAGGCUGGCAGACAUAGAGGUGGAGGCACAGACGGAAGCUUUGAAGAGAGAGAGAAAACGAAGAAAAGUGAAAGAACAUCGAAGAGUGCUUCUCCAUCUCCAAAGCACACCUCCGGUGGCCACCUCCCAUUCGCCGAAGAAGGCAACCUCACCAUCAAACAGCGGCCCAGGAUCUCAGUUGUUACUCAACCAGAAGCUGAAUUAAAGAGUCCUCCAGAGGGUCCAAUCCAGACCCCAAACAGCCUGGAGCUGCCAGAGUUCAACCUGAAAGAGUCCGACACGGUAAAAAGACGCAAACCCAAAGACUCGUCGACACCCGAGGAGGCCACCCCCAGCAGAGACGACAACCACUCACGUACCAACAGUCUCCAUAAUGAUGCCAGCACGCCAAGCGACAAUGAAUCUCAGCGGCCGGGGAAUGUGUUCCAGAGAGUAGGCUCCAUGGGGAAAGGCCCAAAGCCUCCAGUGUCCUCGAAACCCUGCAGUCCUUUCAAACAACCGCCUACAAUCCCCCAGAAAACAAUGUCUUCAGUACCAUCCAGUGCACAAACAUCCAUUCCUAAACUUACCAGUGUACAAAUUCACACGGUCUCUCCAAAGCUGGGUGGCAGUGUACACACACAGACAUGCAUACCCAGUCCCAAACCUGUGAAACACCAACAGAACGUGAUGUCCAUGCCAGAGAGUCUGCAGAAAGCUUCUGGUUUACCUGUUUCAAGACUCCCUCAGCCCAGCACAGCCUCGGCAUCAACAACAGGACCAAACUUCACCGUUGCUCAGAGCAUUGCGUUCGCUGCUCCGUCCUCCCCAGCUCCCGUCCCUUCACACCCGACCUCGGCACUACCGUGUCAGGCAGGAAAACCUGGGACACCCUUGCCUGGUGGGUCUGGUCUGGAGGUGUUGGCUCAGAAGAGACUGGAACAAACCAGCACGUCACUGGAGGCUGCUCUCAAGGUGGUGGAGAACAAACUGGCAGAGGGUGGCAACGUGGAUGGCGGCAGCAGCACAGUGAAGGCAGCCGGAAACAUUCUGGAUGACAUCGGCAACAUGUUCGACGACCUGGCUGACCAGCUGGACGCCAUGCUGGAGUGACAUCCUGUGUGCCUCCAGCAGAUAAAGCAUGGACAGAAUCCAGUGAACGGUCGAUCAGGAUGAACCUUUGAUGGUGGCAAGAGCGGAGACGGAGGACGACUUUGGACGAGUCCGUAGGUGAAUGUUUGAGGAUUUCCUGCACAGCUUUUCCUCAACAUUUGCCCAGUUUUUUUGGUUUUUUUUCUCAACGCGAGCACUUCGCCUUAGGACACACACCUGGGAAUGUUAUUGGAACAGCAACAAACAGCAGCUACAAGAUCAGCUUCCAGAUGUCCGUGUGUGUGUCCUGCAUAUUAUCACUAAAGGGAAUGAGGGUCCAUUUUACUCACAUGUUACCUAAAUGUAUAGAAGAGUCUAUGGUGGCACUGUGUACGUAUGUAGUCAGAUAUCUUUAUACUGAGUAUAUUUAUACUUCUAUAUGUUUGUUUUUUAACAAAUGGACUGUUUCUAUCAUACUGUUGUAUAUGAGCAUUACUGUGUUAUAUAUAUAUAUAUAUAAAUAUGUUGCUGCUUGUUGUCUAUAACACGGGGAAAUACUGUUUAUUGUACUCAGAGCAGCGUAUUCCAUCUGUAUGUACGAGACUUGAUUUGACAUGUUUUUACCAAAGUCUUUGUCCUCCUCUGUCAGUGCAGUGAGGUCACAUCGUUCUUUAAAUCAUUACUGUCGGUGAACAGACCGCGGAGCUCGCUCAGCCUCCCACUAACUCACAGUGUGGAAGAUUUCACAGCUCGCCUCAGGGUGCUAUGAAGUGAAUUUACUGUAAGUUUCCAAAGAAUGGAAGAAACAUUUCAGCGGUGGUCUGUACAAAACAUUUCAAGUUAUCUGCAGGAGAAAUGAACACUGUAAGAUUGGUUAUGUACAGAGGAGUGUUUGCUACACACGACAGAGUCUGGAGUGUGUCACUUAAUAAUUGAUUUAUAUUUACAUUUAUGACUUAAAGUUAAUCCAGCACGUGCCUUUGCAAGCUGAAAAAGUCUGCGGCUCCUCGUUCAUGAUCGGCUCGUUGGUCUUGGUCACUUAGUGAUUAGUUCUCCACCUCCUUCUUUCCAAAACACACCAAUAAUCAGAAAGCACGUCUGUAUAAAGAGAAGAACAUACAAGCAAGCAGACGGCAGCACAGCGACGACGAUUCAGCCACUGUAAACUUUUUAACUAAGCACAUUUGACUUUCCUGCUGUCUGUCUCUGAUUUGAUUGGUUCACAGAGCAUCAUCAGAGGGAAUUUGAUGAAUUAAUUUGUUAAUUUGUUAAUUUGUCAUUCAGGGACAGAAUAGGAGAAAAAAGUAUAAAAUAAUUGAAUGAAAUUUAAAAUAUUUUUAAAGCAACAUUUGAACUAUUUGGCACACUCCAGACUCCAUAUUAGAGCACGGACCAAUGAGCUCAUUUUACUGUUAACUCUGGCUUUUGUUGUUGAUUAAUUACUGUUUGUUGACAGUUUGUCUCUCCUACAUGCACAAGCUGAGCGUUGGGUUGAUAAACCCAGAGUGACCGGGAGCAGCUCUGUGUGACGCGUUCAGGAGCAGCUCUGUGUGACGCGUUCAGGAGCAGCUCUGUUACAGCAGCUUUAACUGAAGCCAGAGCGCACAUUGAAGAACGAGGAGCUGCCAUUCAACAAGCAGAACUCUGAAUGUUGACUGUUCAUGUUCACCUCCUCCUCUCCUCCUUUUAUGCACCGCACAGAAAGAUGCUUUUAUUAUUAAUCCAUCUACUGUCAUUGACUCAGUGACAUGCCAUACACUUACUGUGCGAUGCCUGUUUGAGAGCCACACUCUGUCAGUGAGGCCAGUAAAGAGAAGCCAUUAUUACCAUCAGCCAUCUUUAAUCCUUCGUUUGAGGGGUGCAGUGUAAAGAGCUGGCAUGUUUUUAAGAUGUUUUUUUAAGGUGUGAAGCAUUCUGACAUGAAAAAGUUGGAGCACUGUUGUUCCUAUGUUCAUCCUCUUCAUUUGUAAUAAUUCUGUAUCAUCCUGGAAAUGAUUAAAAGGAGAAUUUGUACUGA